GGGCAAACAGGGUGAAAAGGCGUCGAAAUGCAGGGAACGUACCGUAUCGUCGGGUGCCAGCAGGUUCAUUGUGCUCGUAAGUCCCGGUCGUGAAUGAUCAUGACAGGUUCCAGAGGGAGAGACAGACCGUAUGCGUAUUUCAAUCUUGCGUCGGAUUGGACAUCAUGGUUUUGUCGACGCAUGCUAUGCUCGAUUCGGUUUGCCUGGAAUCCACAAGUGAAACCUGAAAAUGCGAGUCGGAUGAUAGUGUCUCAAUGAAGUGAAAAACGAGACAGAGAUGCCCAACAUCUCUGCC